AUGGCCACGGCUCGCAGCUCUUACGAUCAGUCCGCGCCCAGUUACGAAUCGCUAUUUAGCAACACUAUUACAAGAUGGAUUUUCAAUGAAAAGGAACAGCUGCGUGCACGAUAUGUCAAAUUCAAUAUAGCGGAGCUUCAGCGAGUUGCAGGAAAAGCAAUACAGCAGGACUGUUGUUCUCGCAUCGAAAAAAUCGCCGAGGGUGGCUUCAACAGAGUCUUCCUCCUAACAGCAAGCAACGGACAACAAGUCAUUGCUCGAAUCCCAACGUCUAUUGCUGGCCCACCGCACUAUACCACUGCUAGCGAAGUUGCUACAAUCAAUUUCCUCCGAAAUGUCCUUGGUCUCCCUGUCCCAAAGAUACUCGCCUAUUCCACCUCUGCAAGCAACCCGGUUGGCGCAGAAUAUAUCAUUAUGGAAUAUGUUCAAGGUGAAAGUCUUGCAACGAGAUGGCUGUCUCUGACUACCGAAGAAGUAAAGCACGUUAUGACACAGGUGGCAGGCUUGGAACACAAGACUUUUUCCUUCCGCUUCCCGGGAUAUGGAAGUCUUUACCACAGCCACGAUGUCGAAAAUUGCGACAGCAUUCCCCUCGAGGAACAGGGGUACUGUAUAGGACCCAUUGCAAAGCGAGAAUUCUGGUGUGAUGAGAGAGGUCAACUAGAAGUCGACCGUGGUCCUUGGCUACAACCUAAGGAUUGUGUCACAUCCAUGGCUCGUCGAGAAAUUCUAUGGCUUAAGAAUUUUGCGCAACCCCGGCAGCGGACAAACCUCUUCAUGCCCACAGAUUACGACAUCCUGCCUGAAGAGCACAUCUCUCUUCUCGAAAAAUUCAUUUCGGUGGCUCCUCAUCUCAUCCCAGAUAAGCCGGGCUUCAGCUCCCCGGUGUUAAGGCAUCCCGACCUAAAUUUUGCGAACAUACUUCUUUCACCUGGUUCAAGUGAGAUUGUCGGGGUCAUUGAUUGGCAAGCUUCGACUAUCUUCCCAUUUUUCAUGCAAACAGGUUAUCCAGAUUUCUGCCAACACGAUUAUUCGCAAUCGCAAAAGCUUCACAAACCUUCGCUUCCGGAAAAUAUGGAGGACCUUAGCGCCGAAGAACAGACAAAAGCUCUUAUGAAAUAUCGAAUGGAAGAAAUCAAUCUCUAUUAUACCGCUGCGACUGGUGUACACAAUGACAAGCACAUUGAAGUUAUACGAGAGCCUUACUUGAAUAUGCGCCAAUAUCUGAUUCAACAAACUGGCUACCCCUGGGACGCAGAUCUCGUUAACCUACGUGCAGCUUUGAUUGGUAUGACUACUCGUAAGGCUUGGGAUGCCAUUAGUUCGCAUCCUUGCCCAGUCUCUUUUUCACAGACAGAACUGGAAAAAUCACAAGAGGAAUCUGAAGAAUGGAACGAAUCCCAGGCUUUGCUUACAACGAUUAGAGAAGAUCUCGGUAUCGACCUAGAAGGUGGAACUACACCUGAGAACUUUGAGAGAGCGUCACGCAGGAAUUCAGAAUAUCGGCAGGCGAUGGUAGAUCACUGUGAGGAGGAAAAAGACCGAGAGCUAAUGUGGCGAAAUUGGCCUUUCAAAGAUGAUGAGGAUCGUUCUGCUUGCCCGGCUCAAGGUCACUAA